GUGACGUCAUCGCCGGCCUGCACAACUCCCAGCCCGAGUCGGCGGGGCCCCGCCCCCCCGGCUCGCUGCGUGGUGACGUCAGCGGCGGCGUGCCCCUGUGCCUGAGCCGAGGAGACCCCGCAGCGAGCUGCCAACGCCCGGCGGAGACGCGGAGGUUCACAUUGGAGUUGAUACUAUAGCAGACGUCAGCUAUGCAGACGAUUAAGUGCGUAGUCGUGGGCGAUGGUGCUGUUGGUAAAACCUGUCUCUUAAUUUCCUACACAACAAAUAAAUUCCCAUCGGAAUAUGUACCAACGGUUUUCGAUAACUAUGCUGUGACAGUGAUGAUUGGAGGAGAGCCUUACACCCUAGGCCUCUUUGAUACUGCAGGUCAGGAAGAUUAUGAUAGAUUACGACCUCUCAGCUAUCCACAGACAGAUGUGUUUCUGGUCUGUUUUUCAGUGGUGUCUCCUUCUUCAUUCGAAAAUGUGAAAGAAAAGUGGGUACCUGAAAUUACUCACCAUUGUCCAAAGACUCCUUUCCUGCUUGUUGGGACCCAAAUUGAUCUAAGAGAUGAUCCCUCAACAAUUGAGAAACUUGCCAAGAACAAGCAGAAGCCCAUAACUCCAGAGACGGCUGAAAAACUGGCCCGGGACCUGAAGGCUGUUAAAUACGUGGAAUGCUCUGCACUUACGCAGAGAGGUCUGAAGAAUGUGUUUGAUGAGGCUAUCCUAGCUGCCCUCGAGCCUCCGGAAACUCAGCCCAAAAGGAAGUGCUGUAUAUUCUAAGCUUUCUCCUUCCCCUCUUGCUGCUGCUUCCUCUGUCCCACUACUGUAGAAACCUGGUUAAAAAUGAAUAAAAACACCUUUAUUGAAAGCCGUUGUGUCUGCUUACCAUUUUAGAGCAACCUCUGUAUUAGCUCUUGGACUGAAAACCAUACUUAAGAUCUUUAGUAAAACAUUGUGACUGUGGAACGUGAACUGGACUCGCUUAACUCUCUGCUGCUUGGGUUGCCAGAUGUGGGUAGCUUUAUAAUUCAGGCUGUUGGGGGAAAGGAUCUGAUUACAUCGUUAUUUUAAAGAAAGAUUGGCAGAAUAAGAUCUUCCUGAAUCCAGCUGGAAGAAGCGAUGCGUAUUUUCAAUUUCUACUUGUGACUCUUGUUAAAUGUAUUUGCAUGACAAAAGUACAUGAAACGGUGAUCUGCAAGUUAUGCUGUAAUGUGAAGGAUUUUCUGGUUCUCCUUUGUGCAGUGAGAUGUUUUUCUGUUGCUAUUGCUUUGGCUGUCUGUGCUGUAGUGGAGUAUUUGUAAGUCCUUGGGAAGGAAAUAUCAAUGUAUUUGCUACUGCUUUAUGAACUGUUAAACUUCUUGCUUUCACUAACAUGGUAGAACACUUCAGUAAUAGAUCCUUAAAGCCUGUUACUGUAAGAUGUAAAGCUGCUUCUUACUCUUACGCUUCUGAUUUUUAUUGUUUUGAGGAGAAAACGUCAAUUGUAGUUUCUUUAAAUUUUGAAAUUAAAAAUUGCGGUUGUUUGUAUAAAGGACUGAUGAAGCUUUAUUCUGAUUUGCACUUCCUGGCUUCAGUUUAACCCUUACCCUGCUUUGUACUCCUCCCAUCUUGACUCCUCCGAUACCAUGCACAGCUUCUGGGCUCCACCUGGCUGCUUCUUAACCAUGGGGUGCGUGGGGUCAGAGGCCUGACCACAGCGUGUACCGGAGCAAUUGAUCGUUGCAUGCUUGCCUUGUCUCCUCUUCUCCCUCCUGACACACGGGUGUCUGCACCGCUGUGCUCGGCGUGCUCCGCACCGAGCUCUUCAUUCGAACGCAGCACUUUCUGCUUUGUCGUUAGCAUGUGAAAUGUGUUACCAGCCAACUAACCAUAAAAUCUGCAUUGGGUAAAUGACUUCAGUACCCGUGUUCGCUUCUUGUGGACUUAUACUGGUCCGUUCUCAAAGGACUCUGUUCCUGCUCAGCAAAGCAGAUGCUCUGCUGAGGACCUGCUAACCGCAGCGGCGCAGCUUGGGCAGCCCCUGGCUGAGCAGAGGAGGCUCUGGGAGGUCUAGAUGGCAAACCUCGACCCCUCGCUAGCAGGGUCUGUCUGCCACCUGGCUCUCUCUGGUUUCGUUUAUGUGAACUCAAAAAUGAGACUGCCCCUUUCUCUCUUUGCCCCUUUUCAGAAAGGCCUAAAGAAUGUAUUUGAUGAGGCGAUAUUGGCUGCCCUGGAGCCUCCGGAGCCGAAGAAGACUCGCAGGUGUGUGCUGCUAUGAACGUCCCUCCACAGCCCCUUCUGCAAAGCUGGUGUUUGAUGUCAUACUAAAAGCAAUGUUUAAAUCAAACUAAAGAUACAAAUUUUAAAAUUUGUUUUUGCAAUAAUGACAAAUGCCCUGCACUCCCAUCUCCCCCACACGAUCCCUGUGUGAGAUGAGAAUGUUAGUGUUUAUUCCCCAGUGUCCCCUCAAUUCAGUUAAACUAGUUAAUUUUGAGUAAUUAUGUAGUAUCGGAAAACACUGAUCAAUACUAGUUUUUUAUUUUGUUUACUUGUUUCUAAUUUUUUUGUUUAAAAUCCAGCCAUGCUUGUGAUGACUUUUUUCUGUAACAGACUAAUUCUAGGCUGUUUUAUUGAAGCCUUGUCCCUUAUAUCAGUCUGGCAAGACCUGGUUCUGGUUUCAAGAACUCCUAGGGCUGUUCUGCGGUCAGUCAGCAGCCUGUGUGUCAGCAGACUUUCGUACUACAGACAAAUACAGGAAAGUAAGAUGUCCCAAGCUGGUGCUCAUCUAAGGAGGAAUGUAGAAAAUGCACCUGCAUCUCCUCUGAAUUUGCCUUGUAUCUCUCCUCCUGGCUUUCUACUGUGCAGGUCGUAAAUUUCUACCCUGUCCUCUAAGUUAUAAAGUCUUAGGAAUAGAAAAAUCCUUUUCUCUGGAUGCACCAUCAGACUUGAAAUUAGCUUGCCAGUCUCUUCGUAAACUUUUUGUCACAAGAUGAAGAAAUAACAGCACGUUUUUAAACAUGCCACACUAACUCAGUUGGCUUUUAACAAGUCCAUCUUCUGCCAGUCCUUAAUUAUUUGAGAAAUGCUUAAAACGACCAGCGUAUACACCGCUGUUCAGACAUUGAAAGGACCCAGUGUGUGUUAAAACGAGUUUUGGAGCUGGUCUUGGUGGUGCAUCUUGUGCUGGGUGGGCCAGCAUCCUUCAAGGAGGGGUGGAAAUACAGACCUGUGUCAGUAGGAAGGAACUGCAAGGAGGGCUCUUGGAGGGUUUUCUAGUGUUUAGCGUGGCACCAUGUAGGGACCAGUUAAGGGAAUCCCCUUUUUCUGCAUUUUGUUUGUAAGUAACGUUGAACCUGCAAGAUGGGCUACAGUCCUCUAAGGAUUGUGUGCAGGAUCUUUAUGUAGACUGCAGUGUUAUUAAGGAUUUUACCAAAAAACACAUUUUGGCUUGCAAUUUUUUUUUCCUUUUAAGACUUAGGGAAUCUUCUCCAUCUUCCCAAACUCCAAUUUCUUGUCAACUCAUUAGUAUUGAACCAUUGCUUUUUCAUGUCUAAGUUCUUUGUAUAUGCAUUCUUUUCAGAUGUAUUAAACAUAAAAUAUCUUCA